UCAGAAUAUCAUUGACAAGUUUGACUAUUUUUUUUUCUGUGAAAAUAUAAUGAAUAAUUUAACAGAUGCACAUUGGUUUCCCUUAACAUCACAGGGGAACAUUUACUCAAUGACAAAACUGUGUUCUAUCAAUGGACCUAAUAAAGUACUAGUAGCUUCUUUAAAAAGGAAAAUAUAUUCAUGUGAAUAUCAUUUAAUGCCGAAUCUACAUUUAAGACCAUUGGUUAAAGAACUUCUUUUUACUUAUAUUCCCAGUGGUGCAGAAAUUAUAUCUAUUGAUGCUUAUAAUAAGUCUGACAGUGGCGAUGGGUUUGUAAUAGGAAUAACUAUUUUGAAAGCAAGCACAGAUACAUCUGUCGAAAGGUAUUUAAAUAUAUACACAGAAGGUGCUAUAGAUGGAGAAGGAGAUGAAGGAAGUUCAAUUGAAGCUAUAGCACAAAAUUGCCUUAUGGUGGAAUUAGCGUAUACACCAUACCAUUUAUAUCAUACUAUAUUAGCACAACAAAAUACUCCUAAUGAGGUUGUCUGGUUACUCUCUGGUAGUGAUUAUAAAAUACAUAUGAUCCGAGAGGAUAAAUUAAAUCACAGUUAUAGUGAAUCACCCAUUGAAAAAUACUUUCCUGAAUUGCAUGAUAUACAUGGAAUAGCAAUAUGGAUUAAUAUUUACCACUAUGAUAAUUAUAAUUGGAGACUGACGGUAAUUGGUUGUGAAUGUGGAUUGGUAAAUGUAUCUAUAACUAAUGUUUCAGAAUUAAAAAUUUAUCAAAGUUGGAAAUUAAGAUAUGACAAACCUAUCUCUAGUGUAUCUAUUUUUUCAUUACAAAAUAAUAUUGCAAACCCUUCUUUUAUUAAUUCUAAAAGCUCCAAAUAUUUUUUAAAUGAUCAAGAAAUAAAGUUGAAUGUUCUUGUUGUAAAUACAAGUAAUGCAGUUGUCUUUAUGGAUAUUUUAAGUAAUGGGAUGAAUGAAGAUAUAACUUUAAAUGGUAAUGAAACAUCUGACUGCAUUCUAUGUUCCUGUAUUGCUGAUAUAAAUAUGGAUGGCCAAAACGAAAUACUAUUAGGAACUUAUGGUCAAGAAGUUCUCAUUUUUUGUUUCAUAAAUAACACAUGGGAAUUGAUUAUCAGGAAACUAUUUGAUGCUCCUGUACAUUCAAUAUGUUAUAUGGAUAUUACCAAUGAUGGAAUAAAAGAACUUAUUGUACUUACACAACGAGGAGUACAUAUAUUGCAGCAUAAUAUAAUGGAUGUUAAAGAUAAGUGGAAGAAACGGUACAAAAAGCUUUUAGAAGAAAUUAAAAUAUAA